UCUACGUACCUAGUCGUCACCUAGUAUUCUCAAUCGUUCCUACCUUUACUUUUUGUAUCCACACUUCAUCUAAAAUCGAUGAAUUUUACAGUCCAUACAUACCCCGCCGAGUCCACCUCUAAUGCAUCUCUCAUACCCCUCCAAGCUCUAACUCUUUCAAAACUACAAGAUUAGUAUAUUACUACCACAUCAUUGAACUCUCAAACAUCAAUCAUCAAUCAUCAACCAUUGACCCCAAACCCCCAAACCUCCCCUAGAUUCCACACUCAACCCCCUAUCCAUCAUGUCCGACGAUGAAGCCGAUCCCGAGCUCCUCGAGCUCCUCCGUCAACAUUUCCGCAAACCUACCACCCCAGAUAUCCCCGAAACCCGCGUUCUCGAAAGUGCCGAAUACAUCUACAACAAUUCCAUCGAUGUCGCUCUCGAUAUGGCUUCCACCAAAGCAGCUGCUGCAUCCAUCUACUCUCAAAUGCAAACGAAAUCCUACUCGACCAAAACAUGGUCAUCACAUGACUUACAUCCCAAAGCCAAAGACGAGAGUACGGUAAACUUCAUCUUCACCAUGGAUCUACUCAAUUUUUCCUUCUGGAGUCUUCAAAAUGAAGAAGAAAGAUUUGCAGUAGAGUACAAAGGAAAGAAGUGGACCGGAUAUUGGAGUUUAGUAGCUGCAUUACAAAGAGGUUUAGAAGAGGGAUAUCCCAUUACCAGUUCUUGUUAUUGGCAAGACGAGAAUGAACUCACGGAAGAAGUAUUCGCCCAUAUCUUUCGUUCAUGUACGGCGGAACCCAUGCCACUUCUUACGACACGUCUCUCACUUCUUCGUGAAGCGGGGACGAUUCUAUACGAGAAAUACAACUGUUCUUUCACAAAUUGCAUAAAGGAAUCUAAUCACUCUGCAGCUGCGCUUGUGAAUCUUCUCGCGGAUUCUUUUCCUUGUUUCAAUGAUGUGGUUUCGUUUGAGAAGCGGAAGGAAGUCAGAUUACUCAAACGUGCACAAAUAUGUGUAGCGGAUUUAUGGGCAGCGUUUGACGGAGAAAGUUGGGGAGAAUUUAAUGAUAUUGAUAAACUUACUAUGUUUGCCGAUUAUCGUAUUCCACAGUUGUUGAAUACGUUAGGAUGUUUAUGGUAUGCACCGGCUUUGGAGAGUAAUAUUAGGAGAGGGGAUGUUAUUGAAAGUGGACAUACUUGGGAGGUGCAGUUGAGAGGUUGUAGUAUAUGGUGUGUAGAAUUGAUUCGAAGAGAGAUAUUGAAGAAUCAUCCAGAGGCAAAAGUAAAUGCUAUUUUGAUCGACUUCUUUCUCUACGACACAAUGAAGGAACGGGAAUUGGAAGGAAAAGACGAGAUACCCCAUCAUAGAACCAGAAGUAUAUGGUAUUGAGCAACGGAGAUAAAACGGAGCGUUACUCAAUGUUACUAUACAAGAGAAGUUUCUAAAUCAUCAACUUAGAUAACAAUGAAUAUGCUUUGCAAGAGAUUUAAA